AUGAUAACCACCAAGAGGUGCUGGCGCAUCACCGCUGCAGCAGCGGUGCGCCGCCACCGCUUCGCAAGUAGCAGCGCGGCGCACGCCCGACCACCAGAGGACGACGACCCGGAGCCCUUCGGCCAGGCGUAUGGCGCUGGACCGUCGCGCCUGCCGUAUACGCCGCCGCCUUCGGCCUCAACGACGCCCUCAUCUCGCACGACGCGCGACUCGGCCCGCCGUAUCCGACUGGCACUGGACGACGUACCGAGGACGCAGCUCGGAAUGCCCCAUCAGCUCCUCAACGCGCUUGGCAUCUCGAAGAGCGCCGACGCGCUUUCCCGCCUCGAGCAGCAUGUCAUUCUCCACCACUUUAUCCGGCGGCGACGCGGCGUGCUAGCCAUGGAGCUCAUGAUGCUCUGGGUCCAGCUCUACCAGCUCGAGGCGGCAGACCACCCAUCGAGACCACCUCAGUUCUCCCUCGUCACGCUCUCGAUCUUGCCAACAAGAGUAUCCGGCAAACCGCACCCAGAGUUCCCGGUAGUCGACAUCCCCAGGAGUGAGAAGCUCCCUCAGCCAACGUUCGAGGAGCAGCAGCCCGACCGGGUAUCAAACCACUUGCGAGUAAUGCUCGCUCUCAUCGACCGGCUCCAGGCCGUCGGCCACCCACGCCCAAUGCAGCUCUACUCGCUCGCGAUUGAACAGGCUCUACGGGAGAGACGAUUCGACAUGGCAGCGAAGACAUACGCGCUGCUUGUCGAAGCUUGGGUCAUGGAGGGACGUAUUGCGGAGGGAGGCCGCGCCGAGGAUUUCCAUCAAGGCGGCGCGCCAUCCCGAGCCCUGACAACGACAAAAAGCUCAGCGCUGCAUAAAAUGUGGUUCAGCGGAGUGCGCACCUGGCGUUUGCCAGGUGAGGCGUUGUCGCUCCAUGACCGACUGGAUCUGUGGCAUCCCAAGAGCCACGCGGCGGGGGAACGCCUCCGUGGGUUCCCGAUGCCGCUGCCGACCUCGCCGCCGUCGCUGGUGCCCCACCCUCACCGGCUGCUUAUCGAGGAGAUUCUCAACUCGCUCAUGCUCGACCCGCAUACCGCAUCGCCUGCCGAGUUUGCCGCGUCUAUGCGCGCGCUUGCAACGCUUGCCAACACCAUCCUGUCCCGCACUCUCCCCAUUCCGGCUAUCCCUCUGCUUCUGUCGAGCUUCAGCAAGUCGCACACCCACCCCGCCGUGUACCCCGAUUCGAUUUCUGAAGAGCCAGCGAGCAAUGCGUGGGCGUACACCGCGCACACGCAGGUUCACGUCGCCUUGGUGUCGCUCAUCUUCUCUCCACCAAACUUUGCCCGAGCAGCUGAGCUCGAGCGUGAAUCUGGCGUCGCUGUCCACCAGCGCCAGAUGAACGGCCCUGGCCGGUACAUGCUCCCCGACCUUGGGCUGAAGUCAUGUGUCGUACUCCUCACGUACGCCGUACACACUCUCAAGCAGCCGCGUUUAAUCACGCGCCUGGUGUCGUAUGUCCACGACCGCUGGGACUUUAUGAGGACAACAGUCACCAACAUGGGAUUCCGUGGAGCGACACUGGCUCAGGACAAUGAGACAGCCCAGAAGUACGACGACGUGUUGUUCAAGGGCACGCUUUUGGACCGCCACGGCGACUCCAACGUCGAUACUAGUAAAUGGGACAAGGCCGUGCCAGUGGCGGUCGGGCCGACAGCCAUCGCGACGGUGUCAGCGCCAAGCGGCCAGCCCAUCAAGGUCACACCCGACGCCCAUUCGCUGGCCGCUUUGCUGUCGCACCUCGCCGCUACUUCGCAAGGAGAGCGGCUCAAGAGGGCCGUCUAUGCUGUCAUUCCGUUCCUCCGCGUCGGUCGCGAGACGACUGCUCAUCAGAUUGCGAUCCUUGAGCGCGACACAGGUGUUGUCCUCGGUGAACGUGGUCGUCCGAUCCCGCCUGAGCUCGCCGGCCACGUAUGGGCCGCCAUGAUCAACGCUCUCGCCAAGUCGGGUCAGUUCAACCUCGCGCAGCGCAUCUUCUUUGUUGCUCUCCGCAACGAGUACAAGCAGGUCUGCCGACACAAGCUGGAGAACGAGGAGAUGCCCGACUCGCUCCGGCUCCCGAUCCACAUCUUCACGACCAUGAUGGAUGUGUACGGCAGCGAAGGCAACUCGAAGCCCGACAUGAGCAUCGGUCAGUACCCUCUCCGCAUCAAGGUCGAUCCCAAGUUCCACUUGUACCCGCGCCAGAUUGCUGCGCAAGCAAUGGUGUGGCAGCUAUACACGGACGUGCGGAAGCGUUUUGCCGAGUUGGACAGCGACGCGCCACACCUCCAGCUCGACGCCCGGUUCUUCAACUCUGUGAUCAAGGCCACUGCCCCCCGCUUCCAUUUGGAUAGCGACACGGCUCUGGACGACGACACGGCCGCCGAGCUCGACGAGAUUCUGCGCGACAUUGUCGACGCCGGUCUGGAGUGUCCUCCUGGUCUCCUGUCCAAGCUCGAAACUGGCACGAGCGUAGGCAAGAAGUAUCUUCCCAUCGAGAGGACAAAGGGCCUGCAGACCAAGCGCACUGUGCCGAGGCGUGUCUACAUCCCGUCGCGCCGAGCCCUCGAGAGCGAGGAGAGGGCCCAUGUUGCCGACCCCACCCAAGCUGCUCCCCAGCUUGCUCCAACGGAGUAA